GCACUAUAAUCUGCAUUUUUUUAAAAAAAAUGGUUAACUACAUAAAAUCAGUACUUUAGUUAGGCUGAAACGCUUGCAUGUAGUUGGUUAAAAAAAUAGAAGGGUGACGUGCUUUAAAAAUCAAACUACUGGUUAAAGGUUCAGUGACGUUCUAUGUGCACUUUAAAUUUCAGCUCCAUGUUGUCAUUGCGGUCAAUAGUAUUGGUUGUACUCCCGCAAUUCAGUCGCUGUAUUUGCAACUGGAGAGCUGGUCUGGUGCUCCUCUGAAGAUCUGUUUUGUUGCUGCCUGCAUUCAGUGUAGUGUUUUUUUUGUUGUCUUGUGUUUCAUUAAUUAAAAGGGCUUUUGAAAGCAACCGGGGGAAAAUGACUGGGGAAGAAGUCAAAGAGACGAAAGAGCAGCAGGAGCUUAAUCAAGAAACCAAAGAGCAGGAGCCAGAGAUUUCCUACAAAACCAUUGUGCUCACUGGCAUUGGGGGUUAUGAUAAACUAAAGGUAGAAGUCAAGAAGGGUGCUCCAACUCUCAAAUCAGGUGAAAUCCUAGUCCGAGUGCAGGCUUGUGGUUUGAAUUUUUCCGAUUUGCUGAUCAGACAGGGUACGAUUAGUAAACACUCUUCUGUGGGCAGUGAGUGCGCUGGUGUUGUUGAAGCCAUCGGGGACGAUGUGACCGAUAGAAAGGUUGGUGACAAGGUAAUUGUGAUGAAUGUUGAUGGAGGACUUUGGGCAGAACUGGUGGCAACUACAGUCAAUCAUACAUUCUUGAUGCCUGAUGGGAUGAGUUUUCAAGAUGCAGCUGCUAUCUCAGUCAACUAUGUCGUUGCAUACAUGAUGAUCUAUGACUAUGCAAAUCUGCGUCCAAAUCAGAGCAUUCUGAUCCAUAUGGCAGCUGGUGGUGUAGGGGUUGCUGCAACACAGCUGUCUAAGCUAGUUAAAGAUGUGACAAUUUUUGGUACUGCCUCUGCCUCUAAACAUGAAGCUAUCAAAGAAAAUGGUGUGACUCACCCAAUUGACUAUACCACUUUGGAUUAUGCUGAAGAAGUUCGCAAGAUUGCCCCCAAAGGUGUUGAUGUUGUCCUGGAUCCCCUGGGAGGAGCUGACAACUCUAAAGGCUUUGGUUUGCUCAAACCAUUGGGAAAACUUGUCUUGUAUGGUGCUGCAAAUCUCUUGACUGCACCAAAACGCAGUCCAAUAGCCACAGCAAAGGUCUGGUGGCACAAGUUCAACAUUGAUGCUGUCCAGUUAAUGAACAGCAACAAAGCUGUGUGUGGCUAUCAGCUGGGCCGUGCAGACCCUGAACAGGUUGCAGAAGUUAUUGGCAAGCUGAUUUUGCUGUAUGCUGAAGGGAAAAUCAAACCUAAAGUGGAUUCUCAAUGGUCAUUUGAGCAGGUUGGUGAUGCUAUGAAGCAUAUGCAGGAGCACAAAAACAUUGGAAAAAUCAUUCUGGUCCCUGAGGUCAAGACAACUGAUGCCACAACUGAAAAUUAAGUGUAUCUGUAAGGCAGGGAUAACCUCAUGAAUUAGCUAAAACUCUUAACCUUUUUUGACCUGAAGAUAGAUUUGAUAGUUUGAGGGCUGAAAUAGGGAAGUGACUCCUGACUGAUUUACUCCUGUAAUUGGACUUGAGUUUGUUGCUUGUGACAUUUGUUGCAAUGUGUUUUUGUAUUUUCCCUUCACAUUUUACCACCUUACCCACCCACCCCCCAUCCAAGUUCUGUCAGAAACUUUUUUUAAAUGCAUAGAACAAUUGACACAGUAAACUCUGCACUUUUUUCCUUUUCAGAUCAUUACUAUGAAUAGUCCUUAUGGCCCUACAAAGCUCCAUGAAGUAACUAGCUGAUUCACACUGUCUAACAGGCCUCCUUUGGCUAGAGGCAAGGGCUCAGCCACUUGCUGUGGACAGCAUGUAUUGGGUAAUGGUAAAAAUGCAUUAAGCCACUUGUAAUCAAUAGGCUUACUCCAAAUGGCUGUUCUGGAAAUGGUGCACUUGAUGUAUUGUCUGCAGUAGCCAUCCCUUUCCACAGUUUCAUAUUGAACUGUGGUUUUUUUUCCCCCAGAAACUUAAGAUUCUAUAAAAUCCUGAACUGGGUUGGUACUGAUUUGAUUCUCAGCUAGUCCCUUGAACCCAUGGGUCUAGGGAUUCUUUUGAAGGUGCCAAUUGAUGAGACAAAAUUUUAUUAGGGUUGUGCAAAGUUCUUGGCCAGUUGAUUUGGCUUGACAAGUAGUAAAACUUUAGGAGAAACUGUUUCUAGACUAAAGGUGUCAUUUGAGGAAAUGGAAACCACUUAAUUCUACAUGAGUUGCUUUUUCUUUGGGUUGAAUGAUGGUGGUUUCCACUGGAAGCUAUUUGAGCUUUGUCAAUUUUAAAUUGUAGAAAUGUUCCCCUCUUAAAAGAAUAGCACUAAGUCUCACUCUCAACAAGGUGGAGCUACCAACUCUUGCAUGAUGGGAUGUUCUGGAAUGAUCAAAUCAUAGAAUAACCCCACUUUCCCCCACCAAAUAUAACCUUGCUAAAGGCAAGGUUUCUUUGUGUGUUGGUCUAACCUGGAAUAGCAUCCACAAUCCUCUUAAUUUUGGUCUGCUGCCGUAUUCAAAUAUGUGCAAAAGUAACUAAACUUGCCAGGUAUGUGCUCCAGUUUAGCAUAGCUACUGUUUAAAAUGGAUUCCACUUUUUAUCCUCUGGCUAGAAAAUAAACUCUUCUCUCCCUCCCCCCCUCAGUAUCAGGUGCACUGGGGGGAAGCAUGGAGUAAGUGACUUGCACACUCCAAUCUAGUUCCACUUUUGCCAUUUGGGCUUCUCUAACCAAACCUUCUGGAUUAUAGGCUCCAGAAACUGAUCUAUCCUGGAGUGUUAUGACCAAUUCCAUUGUUUCCUCAUGGAGGAGAAAGUAAUCUCAUUUUGAAGCCAAAUGCAAAUCUGCAGACGCCCAGGAUGAACUUUUCAAGAAUUGAUAAGGUAAUACAAAACUGAUUCACUUGAUUUGAGCCACGAAGACCAAUGUGAAUUAUUCAAUUUAAAUGUCUUGUUUAGCUUGCAUCGCGAGUUGUAAACCUGAUUUCUGUGAUGCUGGAGCUCCAUCCAACUUGUGUACACCAACUCAAUCAUGAAGCAGAUCGGCAGUAGCACUAACAAUGUUGCCUUGCUUCAAUGAUUCAAACUUGGUACUUUUUUUUAUUCCUGCACCAGCUGAUAACUUUUGGGUUAACACAGAUGGUAUCUGGACGUGUUGAGCUCCAUUACCCAAUAAGGUUGUAAACUAAAUAUUUCCACAGCUCCCAGUAGUUUUUAAACAUUUUUUAAUUCUGCAAAGGACACUUGCAUCUUGCUUGGUAACCAAGUCUGAUUUUUGUCCUUUUGCCUGAGUUUCAAGUAUUCAUAUUUGUAUUUUCACUGAUGGUGCCAUAUAUCUGGGGUAACAAACCAAUGGUAGCUCUGCCUAUCAAACCAUAGUUGCCAGACAAACCAGAAUACAAAAUCCAGUGCCUUGAAUUUUCAACUUGUUUAAUUCCCACUUUCUCCUUGGAUAAUUCUGCAGAUGUUUCUUUUCAGAUUCCAAGAUGAAAGUCUUUUAAAUGUGGCAAGUGAUAUUUAAUGCAUUCAGUUGUAGUAUUAGCCUCUUGUAGAUAUGAUUGCAUCUAAUGAAACUGUUCUACACUUUUUAAGGAACAUGUAAUUACUUGGCUUCAAUUUGGUAUGUUCCCUCUUGCCUAGAAACCCACAGUUUAAUAUCUAGACUCUACGAGUGUCGUACAUACAAAGUAGUAAAAACCAUUUAUCUUCUCUUCUUUGUCUGGAUAUAUAUGAUUGGAUAUGGUGAAUCAGUUUCUUUUGCAAGUAGUAGGGAGAGUGUGACACCUACACUAUAAUCUGAUUAGUUUACAGCACUGAAUAUUUUUGAACCAGUGAAUUUUAUUUGAAACCUUGAGUUCAUCAGAACCUGGUCCCUACUAAAUAACCCAAAUGCCUGCUGUUAACAUUUGGUUUAACUAAGAGGAAGCCUUUGCAUGGAAUUCUGAUAUUUCCAAUAAUUGAUUAAAGAUGGGUUUGUCUAACUUGUCCUCUAUAUUUUGUGCAUAAUGUGGGCUUCGGUGUACUGGUGACCAUACAUUUAGUCUAAAUUCGAAGUGUGGAUUUCAAAAUGCCAUUAAGUGUUCUAUUUAUAAGAAUUGAUCUACUUGUGGGCUCUGGGAUGCCAUUCCUGUUUGGGAGAGGGGGGAAUGAUUUAGAAAUGGCAAGAGGUGGCAGAGUGCCUCUACUGUCCUACCACACAUUCUUGGUGUUAAUUUGGUGGGAGGAGGGGGGGGAACAUGUGCUUCACUGGGAUAAUCUGUUAUGCUGUAUUGUCACUGUGGCCUUAUUUUAGCCCUUUAAUGAUGUGAAAUGGAAAUAUUUCCAGUUUCUUGGAAAUUCCAUAAAGGUUUAAAUCUUGAAAUUUCAUGUCAAAUAUGAUGUGGAAGGGAAAUGCUUAAGGUCUACAAUCUUGCAUAAAUAACUUGGGACCAAAGAGCUGAAGGAAUCUCAUUACCCAGGUGGACAAAUGAUCCUUUGCCUUGUGUAUAAAUAUAAAGUUAGAGUUGACAUGUGCAUGUUAGCCAAAGAGCAAUCUUUUUGUUGCUGCCCUAUGGAAUAAUUUUGGUGGCAAUGUAAUUGUUAACUUUGCCUGCAAAUUUGCCAAUUUUCUAGUAAUUGAGCAUACUUCAAAUAAAAUAUUCCUUUUAAUUGUUAUUGGCCAUCAUACUUCCAAUGCACUUCCUGUCAGAUUCUUCCAUCCUGUUUUAAUGUUUUUGAAUUGGUUGAGAACCAUUCCACUUUUGGAAGAUCUUGCCCUGCACUGUCCAAUUGAGAUUACACUUAACACUGUAAUCUAUUUUGCAGUUAGUAUAACUUUUUUUUUCUGCGUUUGGCUCUUGCAUCUGAGCUAAGUUGCUCGGGAGGGAUGUAAUUUUGUCCUCUGUUAUAGAAGGGAUAAUCAGCCAAGGUUCCUGCUACUGCUAGAAACUCAUGGGGCUGCAAACCUUUCUGUAGUCAGAGCUUCACUUCCCAAUUCCAACCCUGCCCCCAAGAAUAGUUAACAUGUGAAAUAAAGAAUUAAAGCUAGAUGGAUUUGGCAUCCAUUCAUCUGUCCACUAAGCUGGUGUUUGAACAUUCACAAUACACACUGCCUUAUUCAAAACUGAGCCUGAGCAGCAGCUCUAAUGUCUUAUCUUCUAGCUUAGAAAAUGUGCCAAUAUGACUUAAAGCCAGUGGACCAAUGGUUCUGAAUAUGACUGGAAUGAAAUGAUGUAAUUUAUCCAGUUAAGUGGUUGAUGUCAAAGGAAAAGAUUAUGAAGGAUAUUCCAAUAAAACUCACCAUUUGUCUGGAUUUAGAGUUGAAUCAGCCUUAAUGUGGCUCAACCUGCCUUUGAUUUACAGUUGCAAAUCCUUUGUUCACAUACACUGGCUGCUGAGGGUCUUCAGGUAAUUCAUUCUAAACUGAAAACAUUAACUUUGGAUAGAAAUGCAGCUGAGCACUUAAUGGAAAAACAUUCCUUUUUUUUGGAGUAGGAAGCCUUGAACUGGAAGUCGAGGUUUGUUUUCUUGACUUGAGUAUUUAAAAAGCUCACAUUUGAAAUUGUCUUAAGCUUUCUUGUUUACAUCCAAUCUUUUGAAAACCUAUUGCAAGUUUUUGAAGUGGAUUGAUCCAACAGUUUAACUACGGGCACUAAUGAGGACCAAAGAAAAUCUCUUGUCCUUCAACUUUUGACCAACAAUCAAAUGUCAGAGGUGCUUGUUGGAUCCAGAGGAGCCUUCUCAUUGUGGGUCUACCAUUGAGAUUCUGUCAAGAGGCAAAUAAAAUGUUACUUUAACAUAAAUUCUGUGGAUUAAGAUGGCUGUCAGAUAAGUCACUCCAGUAACAGGCACUUGUAGGAAGAUGUCCAGUUUUGAGCAGAAGUAGCUUGACUGAAACUUAAUAACUAAAGGCUGCUCUUGUAUUUUAAUACAAGCUGAAUCAGAAUGUUGGCUUAAUCUUGAGUUUAAUUGAGUUUGACCCUGCUUUUUUUUCUAUUUAAAAACAAAUGCAAGAACACCAGUAUUUUAAACAUCCUGAACUGUAGGACAGGAGCAAAUACUCUGCCAAAUGUUUAAUGUACACCCUUUCCAGACUCUGGAGCCACAAAGAUUUAAUAUCUUGCCUCUUAAUUUGCAUUACCACUACAGUUUUAGAGACUGUGUUUAAUUUGGGGGGAGGAGGUUGUUGAAAAUAAACUUUGGGUGUAACAGUUGCCUUGCAGUAUUCAGUCACCUGGACUGGGAGGUCCUGCUGUUUUCUGGCACUUGUCUAGCUAGGGUUACAAUAGGAGUAUUGGGCUGUGGUAGCUGUGACUUGUAACAACAUAUGAGAAGAGACUACAGCAUCCAUCAAUGGGUGACUUUUUAAUGAAAGAUGUUGGCAGAUGUCCUGACCGCUUGGUGCUUGAGUUGCUAAAUGUUGGCUGCACUGAGGCCUUGUACCCAUUUGUCCCAUUCUGAAGCUGGAUUUUUUUUGAGAUUUACCAUAGUGCAUUAUAGAACUUCUGCCAUAGAGUUUUAACAUACAGCAACAAGCAAAUGAAAUCUGCUCUUGCAGUUCUCUCAAAUUGCCAGUUGCAGGGUGAUGGCUGAAUCCAGAGGGAGGAUGCUUUAUGUCACUUUUGCUGGCAAGGUGAGUAAUUGUUUCCCAUUAAUUUGUCCUGAUCUUUGAGCUUCCUAGCAAGGUACUUUGGUUCACUGUUAAAGUUGAUAAUGUAUGGUGUGGCCCUGAAUGUAUGUAGUCCAGCCCCAGUUAUGGGGAGGACUUUUUGUAAAGGCAAUGCAAAAUCACAGCCUUCUGCUUGUCGUCUGUUACGCAGAUGUUUUGCUUUGCAACUUGCUGAGCUGCAAGAAAAAUGCGAAUCCAUUACUUGACUGAUUUGUUGGGUGUGACAAUUAAAAGAUGCAUUCCUCUGCACCUCACUUCUCCCCUCCCCCAUUGGUGCAUGCAAACUCUAUGCCUGCCAAAUGGAGAAUUUGCAAAGUGUUUUGAGAUUCAACUAGCUUCAAAAGGUAGCUGUUAGCAUGCACUUGGCAGUGAUAUUGUAAAUUCAGCUGUAAAAUUGCAGGAAAGAUUAAGUGCAGUCCCAUUGGCCCUCCCUUGACUGACUCAUUGGUAAUGCAUCUUAAGUGAGGCAUUUUGUUUUCUGUUUGGAAACUGCUGCGAGACUAGCAGUUAUUAUCUCAAUAACAGGAUGAUCCUGUUGAUAGCAUUUGCAGUUCAAUGUUUUCCCAGAGAGUAUGCAACAAAUUUGAAAAGCUGAUGUUGAGUCUGGCUUUAAAUUGAAAUGUGCUAUUGCUUAACUUUCACUAGUGUUGGACUUGAAGGAAUUUAAUGGAUGAUAACUUCCAUCUUUAAUUCUGAUUGGAUGAUCUAUUAGAAGAGAGGACAAGUUUUAUUCCAAAUGUUGAACAGUAAACUCAUUCAAUGCAACAGUUCGUGUAUUUAAGCAUCUCUAUUGCAGCUUGUGUAUUGAGUUCAUUUGGAAAUGUCUUUUAGAAGGGUCUUGCAACUGUAAAUUCAUUGAAGGUAAGAAUUGUCCUUUUUGGUGGGGGAGAACAGGUCAAAUGUUAACUGUGCUUGAUUAUUUGGUGUUUUAAUCUCAUCAAAGCUGCUUUUGUACAUGUGAGGCAGUUGCUGUUUAGAUGGAUUCUACAAUGAAAUGUAAUGCUGUUUAUGCCAGGUAUUACCAUAUGCCUUAAAUGUUUAAUAAAAUGCAUACUGAUGACUCCAAAUUACAUGUUUUUGUAUGUACAUGUUGGUCUCUUGUGGUUUGAUUCCCUGCCUUUGUGUAAU